GUCCAACAGAUGAAGCGUGCGUGAGCAGGUGGACGCCGCUCCGUGUCGCUACUGUCUCCAUUCACUCCGCGCAAUCCCAUCGGGGAGGACCGAGCAAAACUACACCAACCAGCGAGGACACUUGACAGGCACAUAUCAACUUAAUUACUCGGAGAUUGUUUGAAGAAUAUUUCCGAUAACCUCACCGCGUUACUUCGCCGUGGAGGAGUAAGCGAGCGACAGAGACCCGGGGAAGGAGUGAAAACGCCAAGAAGCUGGUUGCACUGGGAAUGAACUCACUGGAGAGCUAGCUAAUUAUCCACGGACUUUGCUUUGUGACAGUUUUCCAAUAGUAGGAGUCUUCUCUGCAGUGGUAUUUUCCUAAGGAGUUGUUCCUCAAGUCCACGGCAAUGGGGGAGCAGCCGAUCUACACGACCCGAGCCCAUGUCUUCCAGAUUGACCCCACCACCAAAAAGAACUGGGUCCCGGCGAGCAAACAGGCCGUGACCGUCUCCUACUUCUACGACAGCACCCGGAACAGCUACCGCAUCAUCAGCGUCGACGGGUCCAAGGUGAUCAUCAACAGCACCAUCUCUCCCAACAUGACUUUCACAAAGACCUCACAGAAGUUUGGGCAGUGGGCAGAUAGUCGAGCCAACACAGUGUUUGGACUGGGCUUUGCCUCCGAGCAGCAGCUGUCCAAGUUUGCGGAGAAAUUUCAGGAGGUAAAAGAAGCCGCCAAACUCGCCAGGGAUAAAUCUCAAGAGAAAGGAGAGACAAUGAGCAAUCACUCACAGGAGUCGGGCCGAGAGACGCCUUUAAACACACAACCGUCCAGCAUCAACGGCACAGACGACGAGAAGAUCUCCCACGUUGGACCCGAGGCCGCAGUGUUGAAGACCGAGAACGAACGCCUCAAGAGUGCAGUGGAGCAGAGCAACACAAACGCCAAGAAGUGGGAGACGGAGCUUCAGACUCUGAGGGAGAAUAACGCUCGGCUGGUGGACGCUCUUCAGGAGUCGUCAUCGAAUGUGGAGAGCUGGAAAAAACAACUGGCCACCUGCAAAGAGGAGAGUGACGCACUCAGGAGCAAGAUUGCUGAACUGGAGGCCCAGUGCAAUGAAGCCAAUCAGGAGAAGCAGAAGAACACCCAGCUGAGCGCCAGAGUGAAGGAGCUGGAGACAGAGCUACAGGACAAAGAGACUGAGCUGGAAAACCUGAGGAAACAAGCAGAGAUCAUCCCACAGCUGAUGGGCGAGUGUGAGAGCAUCACCUCAAAACUACAGGUUGCGGAGUCAAAGAACAAAGAGCUGGAGGGGCGGAUAGGAGUCCUGUCUCUGGAUAUCGACGAGAGCCGGCAGAAACAAGGCGACAUGAAAGGAGAGCUCAAGAAGUUUAUGGAUAUUCUGGAUGGAAAGAUCGACGAACUGCACGAAUUCAGACAGGGCCUAUCCAAACUGGGUGCGGAUAACUAACCGAGCACUAACUAACAUCACUACUGCAAGGUGAGGUAACCCCCCGCACAGCAGAAACACGCGCCACUGCUCCCCCUAGAGGCGAAUCCGACGACUGCAGCUGCUAAUAACAUCACGGUACAAGACUAUUUUUCAGCGGAGGGGGGGAGGGGGUUUCAAAAUGGCUGCUGUCACUCACACUCUUACUAUUACGUGGUGGUGGUGGGUUUCUUACUGUUCGUUUUUCCGGCUUGUCUCGCCAUAGAUUUCUAACCAAACAAGGGGUCUAAAAGGGCUACAACCAGUAUCGUCCAAUCAGUGCGGCCCCCCGGAAGCUGGUCCCGCCCCCUUUUUGUCGCCCCUUGUCAAUCUCAGGUGUGUUAAUAAAUGAUUAUAUGCACAUAAAUAUGAUAUAAAAGUAUUGAAAUGGCCAUCACACCAAGUGCCUGUAAUGGGAGCGAUUUCUACUUGGCAAGAAAAAAAAUCUGGCUGAGAGUUUUGCCAUCAUAUAAAAGCAAAUAUCUUCAAGUUAUCCCACGAAUAUACGGCACAAUUUACUCCACUGUGGGAAUUUUUUUGGGGGGAUUUGAAAUUAGCCAUCCAAAAAUGAUGAUAAUAAUACGAGUCCUGUGAAGUAGACUUUGUGUGUGAUUGUGCUGAAACAUGUUUGUUUGUGAAAUCAGAUCAAACUUUAACACUGCGUUUUGGUCAUUUUUGGUGGCGGUUAAAAUCUGGACGAGGGGAAUGUGGUGCUACUGCUCACCGGGAAUCAUGGGACAUUUAAAAGACUUUGAGAAACUUUAAUAGUUUUGUUUUGGGUUUUUUUUUUGGACAUAUUUAUUUAUUUUGGUGCCUCUGAACACGUUUUGGAUCUCUGCUGUUUCCAUCACUGUACAAAAGUGUAUACCAAAUGGAGUAUUGAAGGGAAAUGUUGUGUUAAAAUCAAUGUACUAUUAAAAUGAGGUUGGGAUUACUCAAAAUGUGGUCAUAAAGGAGUCUAUAUGUAGUACACCCCCAUCGCCACACAUACAUACACAUAUAAUCAUACAUAUUUGAUUUGGCAGAUUUAACCGUCAUCGUUACGGCAAAUCUCCCACCUUCUAGUCUUCUGGGAUUUUAAUUUACCAUCUAUCUAUGUGGCAUUAUUACAUCAGAUGCCCUUCCUUAUCCUGCCCCAGUUAUCUCACCUCUGGACUGGGAACGCAAAGUGAUAUAGUGACAUUUUUCCCUGUAUUGACUGAUCACGCCAGAUCGUUUUCAGGUGCUCUGUGUAAUUUUUCAUAAAGAUGGAACACCGUAUGGCGCUGUCGCCGUGGAGACAAGCAGAUGACGCCACCAGGUCAAGUUACAGGGCAUAUCUCCGGAAAGGCGACCUCGCUUUUAGUAAGUUCGACGAAUCAAAGUGGCUUUAGAUGUUAAUUUCCGGAACAUAAACCACGCAGUCCUGUAAUAAUGAAACGAAAAGACACAACUCUGCUCCAAGAGAAAAUUGGCUUUGAAUGUCUCAACGAAAAAGACCCCUGCAGAUCCCCGACUAUGAGAAAAUGAGUUUGAUUAUUUGCACAGCCAUAGGUGAAAUACUUGCAUAUCUGUGUCUCCUGCUGCUAAACCCUGACAAUCUAUAGCUAGAUAUAAUAUUUUAAACAGAUCUCUAUGAACAUAUGCAAUUAUUGUAUUUUCCUGGUUGUGAAAAAGCUGUUUUUUGAACCGCUGGGACAAGAUCCAAAAGCGUGUUGCCAAAAAUGUAUCUUAUAGUGACGUAAUGCAUGUGAUAAUCUGUAUUUGCUGGAAGUGGUACAACUGACGAAGUAAUUAGCCUAUUUGUUAUGAAGGAGAGUUUAGGAACAAAUUUAAAUGACCAAAAUAGCAAUAAAUGUCAUGUUAAAGUCUCAUUACUGUACAUUUAAACAGCGGUGGAACGUAAGAAGUAAAGGUAGUAAAGUACUUAAGUAUACAUUUUACAUACUGAAGUCAAUUUUACAGCAAAUACUUUUUACUUUUACUCCACUACAUUUUUGAACUGGACUGAAAAGUAAAAGUAUUUUUUUAUUAUUGUCUGAGACCUGCUGAAAAGGCUGAGUUUUUUUUUUUUUUUUUUUUGAGCAAACAAAAAUAUACAAAUAAAACCAGCUAGAAAAAAAGGAUCGAUCGAUUGUUUGUUGAGCUCACAAGUUUAUCAAAAUGACAACUUCUGAACCUUUAGAACACCUCAAAAUCUGCGUGAAAUACUUUUACUUUUUACUUAGCACACUUUGAAACAGGUACUUUAAUACUUUUGCUUAAGUUGAUUAAUUCAUGAGGUACUUUUACUUGAGUUUUUUUGUUUUUUUGCUCCAGUAUCUGUACUUUUAAUUAAGUAACAAAAUGGAGUACUUCUGCCACUACAUUCAAACGAUCAUCGACUCCACGCUCUGCACUCCAAAACUAUAUACAGUAUUUGGUUGCUAUGACGAGUCCUUUAUACAACCACUGUUUUUGAGUGAAUCCCAGUGAAACUUUAUGAGAGGAGUUUCCUGUUUAAACCAUGUCUUUUGUUUUGGUUUUGUCUUGAAAUCUCAAUGAAGGGACUUUUGCUUCUUGUUUUUGUUGUUUGUUUUUGAUCCAAAUGUUGAACCUGAAUAUUCUUUGAACAAAUGCCUCCUGUGCACUUUUGUGUGUCCUCAAUAUUGUAAAUUAACUGUCAAAUCUAUAGUUUAAUAAUAACUUUGUCUC